AUUUCGCUUGCCUAUCAGUCCUGACGCUGCCCCGUCCUGAGUGCUCUUUUCAAACCGCCCAUCAAAAUCAUCCCCGGCGUUCCAAUGUCCUUGCGACUAUUUUCCUCCCGUCUCUCCGCCCAGGGGCUGCCCCAGGCUCGUUAUCUUACACCAGAUCUCACGAAUACCGCUGUCGAUCGCUGGACUCAAUUCACACUCAAUGCCUCCGCACUGUCACAGUCUCUCUUGAGGCCGGCUGCAUUUUCGUUGAAUAUCCCCGGGAUUCUGUCCGACAUCUGGGAGUCCGUCCUCCGUGCCGUGCCGAAGAAGAAGACAUCCCAUAUGAAGAAGCGUCAUAGGCAGAUGGCCGGCAAGGCAUUGAAAGAUGUCAAGAGUCUCAGCACUUGCUCCGGCUGCGGGCAAAUUAAGCGCGCACAUGUUUUGUGUCCGCAUUGUGUCGCCAUCGAAACAAUAUCUUUCCUGCGGUUCCGCAGACAAUGCACACCCCACCGACAUCUACGGGCUGGCCGUGACCGACAAGCAGAUCUUGUCGGCAUCUGGGUCCUCUUCUCUCAAAGUCCAUUCGACGGUCGACCCUGACUUCCCGCUGGUCCAAUCCAUCGAUGAGGCCCAUAAGCUUGGCUGUCACCACGUAGUUACCAACUCCAAGGGAUCACGGGCAGCUAGCAUUGGAUUUGUGGGCGAGAUUGCGAUCUGGUCCUGUCACGACGACAUUUGGUCGAAGGAUAGCAUCGCUCCAGUGAACCAGGCUGGGUCGGUAGGCAUCUGGGCAAUCGCAUUGUCUGAGGACGGGCAAUAUCUUGCUGGUGUCAGCCAAGAUGGACACGUCAAAGUCUGGGACCUAAAUGCCAAUGGUGAGCAGAUUCGAGACUACGAAACAAAGGGUAGCUUCGGCACCUGUAUAGAUCUGUCCGCAGAUGGCCGAUUCCUUGCUAGUGGACAUGAAAAUGGCAGUGUCUACAUUUUCAGCACCGAGACAGGCCGCAUGCCAUUCAGUUUAUCAGGCCUUGUGAAGCCCGUCAGAACGGUUGCUUUUUCUCCAGGGGGGAAGUUCCUUGCUGCUGCCGGCGAUUCGAAGGUGAUUGUGUUAUAUGAUACUUCAUCCGGCGAGCAAGUGGCCAAUCUAUCGGGUCAUGCAGCAUGGAUCAUGUCUCUCUCAUGGAGUAAUACGGGAGAAUAUCUUCUUAGUGGCUCGUUCGACGGCAAAGUCAAGGUGUGGUCAAUCGACACUAGAGCAUGUGUAGCCACUCACUCCGAGACCGAGAAAUCAAUCUGGAGCGUAAGAUGGCUGCCGAAAGUCGGACGUUCCGAAGGGUUUGCCACGGCCGGGGCGAGCCGAAGCAUAGCAUUCUAUCGCGAGGCUACGGGUGGUUAAUCUUGACGCGCAUGGCAUGCAACUAAUUUCAAUAGAAGCCAAUUGAAAAGUUUUAACUCAUGGCGAAAAACCGGUUCAUACGGCUGCACACUCUCCCUUCAUCUCCUUUGGUAUAUGUUCAAAUGUGUUGCGGCCGCCGGCGGCUUACCUACGCAUGUAGCUUGUAUUCCUGA